AUGACUUCGAGUAUCAAACCGUGGGAACAGUCGCCAGCCGACGCACAAUUGGUAAAGGUGAUUGCCGUGAUACUAAAAUCGAGAGGGUAUCAUUUUACAGAGGAUUUCAUGAGCCAGAUGUUUGAUUUGGCCACUGGUUACAUCAAUCACCUAUUGUCGGACUUGCUAGAGUAUACGCAGUUGCAAAGGCGGCGAAAACCAUCUCUUUCAGAUAUAAGGCUUAUUUUGGAAGAGAAUGAUCUUCUGCCAAAUGCCUUGGUGCAGCAGAUCCAGAUUAGUAGGGGCUUGUCUGAUUUACACCGACAGCAGAUUCAGAAGGUGACCUCAAUUGAAGUACCCAGUGACGAUGAGUUUUCCUUAAAUGAGCAAUACGCAAUAUCUGAAGUUGUGCCAAAUAUAAGAACAAAGCCAAAAUACAUUCCCUCGUACAUGCCCGACCUACCUCCUGAUUACACAUACCAGUCGACUCCAACCUUCUCGCAACCACUUACCGACCUCAAGCAGCUUCGAAGGAAAUUGGUUGAAGAAUCAAGACUUACGGAGAAGUCAUUGUACAAGUUGAUCGAAAGCGAUGCUAGCGAUUUGAAGUUGAAAGCCGAAUUUGAAAAAGAGUUGACGGAGUUGGCGGAGAAGGAAAAUACCACCGACGUGCCGGUGGAAGAAGUACCAAAAGUUAAAGAAGAAAUUGCUGAAGGGCCGUCAAAUGCAGUAGAAGAGUCUACUGGUACUUCCAUUGAGGAGCCAGUAAACAAAUUUGAUUUUAUAAAAUAUGCCCAGAAGCGGAAGGAGUUACGGUUCCGAAAGCAAGCCAGACUCGAGGAGCAGCAGAAAAAGAGGGAUACAGACAUAUUCAUGAAAGCUGAGCGUUAUUAUAGCCCAUAUGCAACAGAGAAACCAACAGCGCAAACGGAAAAGUAUUUCAACAAUAUCUUAAAUGACGAGUUCAAAAAGGUGAUUGUUUCGAUUCGGUCAGAAGAGGAAAAGAAACGAAAAGAGUUGGAGGCUCAAAAGGAGUUGAAAGAGAGGCAAGAGAGAGAGUUUAGAGAGCAAAAUGAAAUACAGUUUCAUUUUCAACAAAACAAUCCAGACAGUAGCGACCUCGACAGUGAUGAAAUGGAAGAUUUUUGA